AUGUCUGACUCAACUUGCGAAGGCGAUUUUUGUGAACUUCCAAAAAAGGGUUUUGCCUCUAACGAUGAUAAUAGUAUUAGUGAUAGCCACGGAUCUUCACGACCAACACCUUAUGGGGGUGUCAUCCAAAGAAACCCUCAAUCAAUAGAUUCAGAAACAACAAAGGACAACAUUCCACUAGCUUUACUUAACGAUCCUCUUUUAUCACAAAUAACUUUACAGGAUGGGAAUGGCAACAAUGUGCCAGUUUCGACCAUUGCUGAUAAUAAUAAAAUCAUUGGUUUUUAUUUUGGUGCUACUUGGUGUCCACCAUAUCGGUCAGAAGCAGCAUUCGAGGAUUAUGUAUGCACUAAACCUUGGCUUAAUAUACCAUACAAACAGGAAUCAUUACGUCAAUCUCUUAUGUCAAGAUGGUCCGUUUCCGUGAUCCCUACUUUAGUAAUUUAUAACCCUGCUGCUGCCACGAACAAAGUUGUUACCACAUGGGGUAAAAGUGCUGUGCUAAAAAAUCCCGAUCAUUGUAUAGAGGAAUGGAGACAAGGAAAUCAUGGCAUUAGUUGGUUACAGUUAUUGAAAGGAAGCGCCACCAGUUUAACUUUUUGGAUUGUUGUCAUAUUUUUUGUCGUUUAUUUUUUCAAUAAUCUAUUCGACUAUUAA